UUAUCCGUCAGUAUCAUUUCAGCUUUCCUCACAACUAGUCAAUUACUUGGAACCAAUUUUUUUUUACUAAUAAAUAAUCACGUCAGGAUGAAAUCACUAAUUAAGUUAUCAAUAGUUUUAGGAAUCGUUUUGCAAACUGUUAGCUGUGCAAAUAUUUUAGUUUUGCUCCCAGUCGCGAGUAAAAGUCAUGUCCAUGUUUUCGAACCUUUGGUCCGUGCCCUCGGGGAGAAAGGUCACAACAUCGUGAGUUUCACGUCCCAAGCGUCUAAAAACAUGCCUCCCAGCGUUAAAGAAAUUGUAAUAGUUCCUGUGGCCGAAAUCUUCAAGACGAUGGACAGUCCAUUCAAGUUGCGUCAAGUCGGAAAAGUUGCUCAAAUGACGAACAUGAGCACGGAGUACCUCGAAACUACGUGCAAAGCGGUGCUGAACAGCAAAGAAAUAGAGCACCUGAUAGCACAUGAAAAAUUUGACUUGGUCGUAAUCGACAUAUUAAUGAAUUCAUGCCUCCUCGGUUUGCUCCACUAUGUCAAAGCUCCGUACAUUUAUGUUUCCACGAUGGCUGCACCUUCAUUUUUGGUGGAACCAUUGGGCAACCGUUUACCUCCGAGUUUCGUGCCUGCCCCAUUUUUAUCAUUUUCUCAUCGGAUGACCUUUUUCGAACGUCUCAUCAAUUUUUCUUUCAAUGCCUUCAUGGAUGUGGUUGGAUAUUUCCAUUGGAUUCCUACACUGCAGAAAUUUUACCAGGAGAAAUUUGGCAUUAGCACGACCAUUUUCGACUAUGACAGAAAUGUUAGCAUGGUUCUGGUCAACAGCCAUUUUGCUCUGACUUAUCCCAGACCGAAUUUGCCCGAUGUGAUUGAUGUGGGAGGUAUGCAUGCAAACCCAUCGAAACCACUUCCAAAGGAUCUGGAGGACUUCAUUUCUGGAGCAGAACACGGAUGCAUUUACUUCAGUCUGGGAUCAAUCGCGCAGGGAAAAGACAUGCCUGAAGAAUAUAGAAAAGUCUUUGUAAAUGUAUUUUCAAAGCUAAAGCAACGCGUUCUCUGGAAAUGGGAAACUGACACGAUGCCAGAUUUGCCAAAGAAUGUCAAAUUAAUCCAGUGGGCCCCUCAGCAGGACAUUCUAGGACAUAAGAACAUUAAAUUGUUCAUGACUCAUGGUGGGCUCUUGAGCAUUCAAGAAACGGUGUAUCAUGGGGUGCCUUUACUCGGAUUUGCGCUUUUUGCAGACCAGGAUUUGAAUAUUAAACAAGCUGAAAAGGCUGGAUUUGCACUAUCGCUUGAAAUUCUUCAGCUCAAUGAGCAGACAUUAGAGUCAAAAUUGGAGGAGGUAUUAUCAAACCCAAGCUAUAAAAAUCGCGUCAAAGAACUCUCAACAAUUUGGCGAGACCAGCCAAAAACGCCGUUGGAGACGGCCGUAUUUUGGACAGAAUACGUAAUUCGACACAAAGGGGCUCAUCAUCUUAGAUCAGCAGCUCGUGACCUAAAUUUCUUCCAGUACCACUCGCUGGAUGUUAUAGCAUUUCUUGCAUCCCUAAUUCUAGGCUCACUCUUCAUUACAUUCAAGAUUUUAAAGUGUGUAUUUAAAAGGUUAUGUUGUAAGGACAAUUGGAAAAAAACAAAGCAUGCAAAAAAAGUUAUCUCUUCAAAAAAGUCAAAUUGACCAGACUGAAGUAUUUAAUAACCAAUUGUGUUAAAUUAACUGCAUUGUUAUAAUCAACUUGAAAACGAAUUUAUAAACUGUAAUGUAAGUAAUUGUCGGAAUAAAUGCGUACCAAUUAUUUAUUAGCAUGUGAUUAUCAUAAACAAUGAAA